AUCAGGGGAGUGGGGAACACUGAGGGGAACAAAAACUAUUUGAAAAUGUUCCAAAAAUGUAAGAGAACUUGGAUCUCUAUACUCCCGAUGCUCCCCACCCCCAUCAGCUAAAAUAUCAAGCUCUUUGCUUUCAAAGAAAAGCAUUUUCUCGAGUGUUUUGCUCUCAGUUCCACAUGGUAGCCCCAGCUUGCUCAGGAAGUGCUUGGCAUUAGAGGGUUUUGAUGGGGAGAAAAGGGAACAGGGCUGUAGUUGUUGAAGGACCAUGCCAGCCCCACACGGGCAGGGAUGUCUGUUCUGUUCCCUGCUGUCCCACAGUGCCCUGGACAACGCCUGGAACAUGGUGGGUUCCAUAAAUGUAUACCAAAACAGGUAUUUGUGGGCAGUUGGUCUGGGAGACAAAACUGGACCAAUGGGGGCAAGAGGGCUGGCAGCUGCAGACCUGGAUCAACAUGCUCAUAAAAAGGGGAUAUUAAGGCUGGGAAACUGGGAAGGUGACUGGGGUACAUGACCCCCUGCUGACUCGGAGAGGGCACAGCUCCUGGUACAGUCAUUAAAAAUGGGGCCUCUUCAGCAGUUUUCUAAGCUACCACAUUGGCACGAAGUGCAUGAAUGUGUUCGGGCAGGCACAGUGGAGGCUGAGGAGGGGCAGGGUUCCUUCCUGAGGCAUUUGCUCUCCCACCAGCCCCACUAGCAUGAAUGGCAGAUCCCAGCAGCCGUAACCAUCCUUCUUGCAAGUUGCUCAGGCAAAAUAUGUCAGUGAAUCCUGCUAACCCUGUCUUCAAAAUAAAUCCAAAAUCUGACCCCUUCUUUUCGGCCCCACCCUGGCCAGGCUUCAUCAUUACCCACCUGGACUAGUGCAGGAUGCAGGCUUCUCUGCUCCUGCCCUCACAUCUGCUCUCUUCACAGGGAGAAACUGACCACCCAAGGGAGAGCGUGUCCCACCCCUGCUCAAAACACUGCAGAAGCGCCUCACCUCAUUCAGUCUAAGAGCCAAAGUCCCUGCAGUGGUGUGUGUGCAAGCCCCUGUAGGUGUGGCCCCCGUCCCCUCUCUGCCCCCAUCUCUUUCCGCUCAUUCCCCUCAAGCCACACUAGCCUCUUGGCCAUUCCUUGAAAAUCCCAGCCUGGCUGCUGUCUCAGGGCCUUUGCACUUGUUCUUCCUUCUGCCUGCACAGCUUUGCCCCCAGACAGCUGCAUGCCUCACUACCUUCAUCUGUCAAGUGUGUUCUCAAAUGCUCUUAAGUAUGAGCUCUGACCACUCAGUGUAGAAAAACAGCUCCUGCAGAUGCUCCCAGUCCCCUUCCUUGGCUUUAUUUAUUUUUCCAUAGCAUGCUUCACCUAAGGUAACAUACUACACUAUUUACGUAUUCAUUCUGUUUCUUGUCUGUCAAGACUAGAACGAAAGCUUUGUCUCAUUCCUAGAAUGGAACCUGGCGUCCAGUAGGUGCUUAGUUAAUAUGUACCAAGCCAAUGUAUGCAUAGUUCUGCCACCUUCAAGUUACGUGACUGGGGGCAAGUGCAUUUCCUGGACCUCAGUGAUCCAGUCUCUGAAAUGAGGCUGACUGACGGGGUAGCGGGGAGAUACAUAGAGAUUUGAAGUUGCUGCCCCACUACUCAAUAAACAUAUGUGGAAUCCAUGUUAAAACCUGGCCCACAUCUGACCUCAGGCCUGCAGGCUUCCAGCGUGGGGCUUACCAGACCAGGGCUAAGCUUGAAUACGACUUCUGGGUUGUAGUGUACCAGCCUGGCCUGGUGGGCCUCCCUCUCCCUUGUUUCCACCUGGGUGUCCCUGGUGGCAUGUCAGCGAGCCUUGUCCUUGGCUGGCUGCAUUGCCUGCAUUCCCUAGGACCCUGCUUAGAGUCCCCAGCCCUCUACCCACCCUGCCUCUCUGGUCAACAGCUCCUGUUUAUUAUUUAGCUCUGGAAUGGCGUCUGGACACACACUUGCAUGAAAACAGCUAUUGAGAUAGUGCUUGGCAAACAAAAGGGCUGACCUGUCCAGACCUAGGUUCUCCAGAACACAGUCACACCUCACCAGGAAGGACUGGGCCCUUUAAACCUGUGAGCACCACUACCAACCCAGCGAGGGAGGAUCCCAAUUCCCUUGGGGCAGACUCUUGGUGAAAGGUGAAGUCACAACCUAGGGAGCAGGAAGCCUGCCAGCCAGGCAGCCUCCUCUGCUGGUGUUCCAGCAACAUUUGAGUGCUGGGUGCUGGCACCAUGAUCCCAUGGAAUCCUGCCAGUAGGGUCUGAUGGAGUAAGCAAGACUUUGGGGUUCAUGCACACUUUAGGUUUGAAUUGUGAGGUUGCCACUCCAUUCAUUUGAUCCAUAUUAAGCUGCUGCACUGCCACACGCCAUGCACUAUGCUUGGUGGAGGUGAGCAAGGAAUCUUGAAAUUGAGAGUCGGAUGGGAUCCAAUUGUGUGGCUGUGGUCUUGACAAGUUCUUUGCAAGCUCUCAGCCUGGGUUUCUCCUCUAGGGGAUGGUCAGAUCCUGACCUUGGGGUACUGUCUUGUGACUCUCCAUGAUACCACUUGUGGAAGGGCCCUGGCCAGGUUGUGGUUUCCAUCACCCUUUGGCAGAUGUGAAUGGCAGCCCUGCUGAAUCACUACCCCUCUGUACCACUGCCCCAGGAGCUCCAGGGAGUCCCCAGGGAGCCAGGGAACAAGAGAAGCCCCUGGAACAAAUGACAGGCUCUGCCCUUUUUUGAGACAAGCCACCCACCACCAUCCCAUCCCUCUACACCCAUCCCCAGAAUCUGGAAUCCGUGAAGGCUACUCACUGAGCGACCUGGAAUCUGUGAAGGGUACUCACUGAGCGAUGUCAGGUGAGUCUUAAGACGUGUCCUGGCCCUGAUGUUCUUCAUCUUCCACCUCCACCCCCAUUUUCUCCAGUGGAACUAUUGGCUCAAAGAAGAGAAACCCUGGGGUUGGUCAGGCUUACGGGAGGAGGGCUUGGUUUAACCUCAUUCUUUCAUGCAUUCACUAACUCAUUCAUUGAACAAGUGCUUAUGGAAUGUGUACCAGGAACCAUUCCAAAGGAACAAACAGACAAAAAUACCCACCAGAUACAUAAAUAUGUAAAUUACAUGGUAUAUUAGAAGGUGGGGAACAGCAUUCCAGGCAGACGGAUCAACAAGUGCAAAGGCCCUAAGGUGAGAGUGUGCCUGGUGAAUUCAGGAAUGGCAAGGGGCAACGUGGUGAGUGGGGCAACAGGCGGGACUGAGGGCAGGAGGUGGUGGGGGCCUGAUUGUGUGGGCUGUCAUCAGCCACCUGGGGAACUCUGUCUUCCUCAUCACUCAGAAACUGGGGAGGGGAGGGAAGACAUUCCAGCCAGGUUGGUGAUCCCCAGCAGGCAUUUGGGCUUUUCCAUUGCCACCUUAAUGGUAUACACAAUGCACAUCUCCUUGUUCAUCCAGCAGCCUGAGGACUGAGUGACCCUGGUCCCCAAGACAGAUACUGAAGACAGAGACUAAGCAGCCUGACAUUUUAAAUAUGGGGAGCCCAGAGCAGGGCGGGGCUGCCCAGGACCUUAGGGAUUCAUUUCUGGUAGGGAGGCCUGCUACCAGGCUUCAGGGAAUGCCAGAAAAAAGGUGCCCGAGGCCCAUCUGGCAGGUAAUGAUGGGCAGGGUUGAGUGUAGGAUGUAUGGAGACUUUAGUAUGGGCAAGGUGGGGGUUUAGUAGGUGGAGGGGGGAGAUUGGGACAUCACUGAACAGCAAAACCCAAGUGUGACAGGUGGUCGGUAUGCUCCUGCCAGAGCAGAGAGACCUGAGUAGGAGGAAGUGGAGGUGGAGGCCCAGGAGAAUGAGACAGACAGACUCACUGGCCAGCGGGAGAAAGUGGUAGGACUAGCCAGGGCUGACACAUCUGUGUGAUCCCUGGUGCAGUAAAUCCGGUAGAUGGAUGGACACGUGGAUGGAUAGAAAGGUGGGUGGAUGCAGCGACGGAUAGAUGGAUGAAUGAAUGAAUGACUGCGUGGGCGGUGAGCGGCCGGGAGAGGGGCGGGCCAGCUGAGCGCUCAAUCACAGCCCCAGGGCUCGGUGCCCGCCAGCUGCACUCAGAACCCCCCUCACCGCGGCCCUGCCCGGGGGUGCGUAAUUACGUGCCCCCAGGGCUCUGGAUCUGCUGCUGGGACUACAGAGAAGAGGGGCCUGAGCCACCGCCGCCAGGCUCCACGCGCCGGCCUCGAGCGCACUCCCUUCGGCCGCUGGGGAACCUAGAGGCGCGGUUUGGCCCCAAGGUCCCCGGUCCCGCUCUUCUUUGUCUCGGCCUAGUUCUCGGCUGUCUCCGGGCCGCGACCCACCUCUCCGGGCGGUCCUUGCCGCGUGCUUCUGUGCUGCCCCGGGAUCAUCGAGUCAGUUCUCACUGCGUUCCCGGCCCGUAGGCAUCUCCCCCAGCUGGGGAGGGUCCCCCAAACCCUGUGCCUCUAGGACCGCGGGGCCGGCAAGUGGCAGGAUCUCCAAGCUGCGUCUCUGAUGCGGCGAGGGGAGGUGCGCAAUGAAGGCCCCCCUCUUCUCCGCCUUCUCUCUACGCCCCACCGCUACUACACGUCGCGCUGCGCCGCGACCCCGGCGCUGCCUGUUCGCGCCUUAAGCGGCUCUUCUGCCGCGGUGCGAUCCCCGACGCCAGCAGGACUAACCCCCACCCGCCAGGCUUCAGACCCCACGCAGAUCCAACCACACACACGACUGCCCGCAGAUACCACAGCCCUUUUCGUUAACCCAAAGCCCCGCACAGGCGCACUGCCCCUACAUGUGCAGCCCCACACACCCACAAGCCCACUCGCAAACAGACCCACACGGCCACACAGCUGUCCUCCGGACACUCAGCCCCACGCAGGCACAAUCCCAUACACACACAACCGCACACAGGCGCAAUCCCACCCACGCAGUACCUCACGGAGUCGCACAACCCCCCUAUAAACAAUCGCACAGACACACAACCCCACGCAGCGCCGCAUCAUUCAGUCCCGCCGAGACCCAGAAACACAUUCACAAGCUUGUAUCCAGACCCCCCUCCCUCCAAGCCCCGUGACAUUCACUCGUAGGACAGACCAGAAAUAUACAGCCACACUGAUACACGGACCUAAACGCACAGCCAAGACCUCACCCGCAGGCUCGAUCUCAUCUGGUCACCGCGUUCUGGAAGAGGCGAGAGGGAGAGCGUGCGCGAGAGGAGGAGAGAGACGGCGGGGGAAAGGGAGACGGCGAGACGCGCAGCGCCGGCGCCCGGGAGACCCAGGAGGAGCCCGCAGAUAACCAGCCCGAGUCAUGCAGUCUUUUCGAGAAAGGUGUGGUUUCCAUGGCAAACAACAGAACUACCAGCAGACCUCGCAGGAAACAUCACGCCUGGAGAAUUACAGGCAGCCGAGUCAGGCCGGGCUAAGCUGCGACCGGCAGCGGCUGCUCGCCAAGGAAUAUUAUAACCCGCAGCCUUACCCGAGCUAUGAGGGUGGCGCUGGCACGCCCUCUGGCACAGCGGCCGCAGUGGCCGCCGACAAGUACCACCGAGGCAGCAAGGCCCUGCCCACGCAGCAGGCCCUGCAGGGGAGGCCGGCUUUUCCUGGCUAUGGCGUCCAGGACAGCAGCCCCUACCCGGGCCGCUAUGCUGGUGAGGAGAGCCUGCAGGCUUGGGGUGCCCCACAGCCACCACCCCCACAGCCGCAGCCCCUAUCAGCGGGGGUGACCAAGUAUGAUGAGAACUUGAUGAAAAAGACAGCAGUGCCCUCCAGCAGGCAGUAUGCAGAGCAGGGCGCCCAGGUGCCCUUUCGGACUCACUCCCUGCACGUCCAGCAGCCACCGCCGCCCCAGCAGCCCCUGGCAUACCCCAAGCUCCAAAGGCAGAAGCUGCAGAACGACAUUGCCUCCCCUCUGCCCUUCCCCCAGAGUACCCACUUUCCUCAGCAUUCCCAGUCCUUCCCUACCUCCUCCACCUACUCCUCCUCUGUCCAGGGCGGUGGGCAGGGUGCCCACUCCUAUAAGAGUUGCACAGCGCCGACUGCCCAGCCCCAUGACAGGUCACUGACCGCCAGCUCCAGCCUGGCCCCGGGGCAGCGGGUGCAGAAUCUUCACGCCUAUCAGUCGAGCCGCCUCAGCUAUGACCACCAGCAGCAGCAGCAGCAGCAACAGCAGCAGCAGCAAGCCCUUCAGAGCCGGCACCAUGCCCAGGAAACCCUCCAUUACCAAAACCUUGCCAAGUAUCAGCACUACGGGCAGCAAGGCCAGGGCUACUGCCAGCCGGACGCAGCUGUCCGGACCCCGGAGCAGUACUACCAGACCUUCAGCCCCAGCUCCAGCCACUCACCCGCCCGCUCCGUGGGCCGCUCGCCUUCCUACAGCUCCACGCCGUCGCCACUGAUGCCAAACCUGGAGAACUUUCCCUACAGCCAGCAGCCGCUCAGCACCGGGGCCUUCCCUGCGGGGAUCACUGACCACAGCCACUUCAUGCCCCUGCUCAAUCCCUCCCCAACGGAUGCCACCAGCUCCGCAGACACCCAGGCUGGCAACUGCAAGCCCCUUCAGAAGGACAAACUCCCCGAGAACCUGCUGUCGGAUCUCAGCCUGCAGAGCCUCACGGCGCUGACCUCGCAGGUGGAGAACAUCUCCAACACCGUCCAGCAGCUGCUACUCUCCAAGGCUGCCGUGCCGCAAAAGAAAGGUGUCAAGAAUCUCGUGUCCAGGACCCCGGAGCAGCACAAAAGCCAGCACUGCAGCCCCGAAGGCAGUGGCUACUCGGCCGAGCCCGCAGGCACACCGCUGUCAGAACCGCUGAGCAGCACGCCACAGUCCACGCAUGCAGAGCCACAGGAGGCCGACUACCUGAGCGGCUCUGAGGACCCACUGGAGCGCAGCUUUCUCUACUGCAACCAGGCCCGUGGCAGCCCUGCCAGGGUCAACAGCAACUCGAAGGCCAAGCCCGAAUCUGUGUCCACCUGUUCCGUGACCUCUCCUGAUGACAUGUCCACCAAAUCUGACGACUCCUUCCAGAGCCUGCACAGCAGUCUCCCACUCGACAGCUUCUCGAAGUUCGUGGCGGGUGAGCGGGACUGUCCGCGGUUGCUGCUCAGCGCCCUGGCACAGGAGGACCUGGCCUCCGAGAUCCUGGGGCUGCAGGAAGCCAUCGGUGAGAAGGCCGACAAAGCUUGGGCUGAAGCACCCAGCCUGGCCAAGGACAGCAGCAAGCCACCCUUCUCCCUGGAGAACCACAGCGCCUGCCUGGACUCUGUGGCCAAGGGUGCGUGGCCCCGGCCUGGGGAGCCAGAAGCCCUGCCUGACUCCUUGCAGCUGGACAAGGGCGGCAAUGCCAAGGACUUCAGCCCAGGGCUGUUUGAAGACCCUUCUGUGGCCUUCGCUACCCCUGACCCCAAAAAGACAACUGGUCCUCUCUCCUUUGGCACCAAGCCCACCCUUGGGGCUCCUGCUCCAGACCCUACCACAGCAGCUUUUGACUGUUUCCCGGACACGACCGCUGCCAGCUCAGCGGACAGUGCCAACCCCUUUGCCUGGCCAGAGGAAAACCUGGGGGAUGCUUGUCCCAGGUGGGGAUUGCACCCUGGCGAGCUCACCAAGGGCCUGGAGCAAGGUGGGAAGGCCUCAGAUGGCGUCAGCAAAGGGGAGACCCACGAGGCUUCGGCCUGCCUGGGCUUCCAGGAGGAGGACCCCCCUGGGGAGAAGGUGGCCUCGUUGCCUGGGGACUUCAAGCAGGAGGAGGCGGGUGGGGUGAAGGAGGAGGCAGGUGGGCUGCUGCAGUGCCCCGAGGUGGCCAAGGCUGACCGGUGGCUGGAGGACAGCCGGCACUGCUGUUCCACCGCCGACUUCGGGGACCUCCCACUGCUGCCGCCCACCGGCAGGAAGGAGGACCUGGAAGCUGAGGAGGAGUACUCCUCCCUGUGUGAGCUCCUGGGCAGCCCUGAGCAGAGGCCCGGCAUGCAGGACCCGCUGUCACCCAAGGCCCCACUCAUCUGCACCAAGGAGGAGGUGGAGGAGGUGCUGGACUCCAAGGCCGGCUGGGGCUCUCCGUGCCAUCUCUCAGGGGAGUCCGUCAUCCUGCUGGGCCCCACCGUGGGCACUGAGUCAAAGGUCCAGAGCUGGUUUGAGUCCUCUCUGUCCCACAUGAAGCCAGGUGAAGAGGGGCCUGACGGGGAGCGAGCUCCAGGGGAUUCCACCACCUCGGACGCCUCUCUGGUCCAGAAGCCCAACAAGCCUGCUGUGCCCGAGGCACCCAUUGCAAAGAAAGAGCCUGUGCCACGGGGCAAAAGCUUACGGAGCCGUCGGGUGCACCGGGGGCUCCCCGAGGCCGAGGACUCCCCAUGCAGGGCACCAGCGCUGCCCAAAGACCUCUUGCUCCCUGAAUCCUGCACAGGGCCCCCACAGGGACAGAUGGAAGGGGCCGGAGCCCCAGGCCGGGGGGCCUCAGAAGGGCUCCCCAGGAUGUGUACCCGUUCUCUCACGGCCCUGAGUGAGCCCCGCACACCCGGGCCUCCAGGCCUGACCACCACCCCUGCACCCCCAGACAAACUGGGGGGCAAGCAGCGAGCCGCCUUUAAGUCGGGCAAGCGGGUGGGGAAGCCCUCACCCAAGGCUGCCUCCAGUCCCAGCAACCCGGCCGCCCUGCCUGUGGCCUCCGACAGCAGCCCAAUGGGCUCCAAGACCAAGGAGACGGACUCGCCCAGCACGCCUGGCAAGGACCAGCGCUCCAUGAUCCUUCGGUCGCGCACCAAAACCCAGGAGAUCUUCCACUCCAAGCGGCGGAGGCCCUCUGAGGGCCGGCUCCCCAACUGCCGUGCCACCAAGAAGCUCCUUGACAACAGCCACUUGCCCACCACAUUCAAGGUCUCCGGCAGCCCCCAGAAGGAGGGCCGGGUGAGCCAGCGGGCAAGGGUCCCCAAACCUGGUGCAGGCAGCAAGCUCUCUGACCGGCCCCUCCAUGCACUCAAAAGGAAGUCAGCCUUCAUGGCGCCGGUCCCCACCAAGAAGCGGAACCUGGUCUUGCGGAGCCGCAGCAGCAGCAGCAGCAAUGCCAGUGGCAAUGGGGGAGAUGGGAAGGAGGAGAGGCCUGAGGGUUCCCCCACCCUCUUCAAGAGGAUGUCUUCUCCCAAGAAAGCCAAGCCCACCAAGGGCAAUGGUGAGCCCGCCACAAAGCCCCCACCCCCGGAGAGCCCCGACGCCUGCCUCAAGCUCGCCUCUCGGGCGGCCUUCCAGGGGGCCAUGAAGACCAAGGUGCUGCCACCCCGGAAGGGCCGGGGCCUGAAGCUGGAAGCCAUUGUGCAGAAGAUCACCUCGCCCAGCCUCAAGAAGUUCGUAUGUAAAGCGCCAGGGGCCUCUCCUGGUAAUCCUCUGAGCCCAUCCCUUCCCGAGAAAGACCGUGGGCUCAAGGGUGCUGGGGGCAGCCCAGUGGGGGUGGAAGAAGGCCUGGUAAAUGUGGGCACCGGGCAGAAGCUCCCAGCUGCUUCUGGGGCCGAUCUGUUAUGCAGAAAUCCAACCAACAGAUCCUUAAAAGGCAAACUCAUGAACAGUAAGAAACUGUCUUCGACUGACUGUUUCAAAACUGAGGCCUUCACAUCCCCAGAGGCCCUGCAGCCCGGGGGCACUGCCCUGGCACCUAAGAAGAGGAGCCGAAAAGGCCGGGCAGGGGCCCUUGGACUCUCCAAAGGCCCACUGGAGAAGCGGCCCUAUCUUGGCCCAACUCUGCUCCUGACUCCCCGAGACAGGGCCAGUGGCACACAAGGGGCCAGCGAGGACAACUCUGGUGGAGGAGGCAAGAAGCCAAAGAUGGAGGAGCUGGGCCUGGCCUCCCAGCCCCCUGAGGGCCGGCCCUGCCAGCCCCAGACAAGGGCACAGAAACAGCCAGGCCACACCAACUACAGCAGCUAUUCCAAGCGGAAGCGCCUCACUCGGGGCCGGGCCAAGAACACCACGUCUUCACCCUGUAAGGGGCGUGCCAAGCGACGACGGCAGCAGCAGGUGCUGCCCCUGGAUCCCGCAGAGCCUGAAAUCCGCCUCAAGUACAUUUCCUCUUGCAAGCGGCUGAGGUCAGACAGCCGGACCCCCGCCUUCUCACCCUUCGUGCGGGUGGAGAAGCGAGACGCCUUCACCACCAUAUGCACUGUUGUCAACUCCCCUGGAGAUGCGCCCAAGCCCCACAGGAAGCCUUCCUCUUCUGCCUCCUCUUCCUCAUCCUCAUCCUCCUUCUCCUUGGAUGCAGCCGGGGCCUCCCUGGCCACGCUCCCUGGAGGCUCCAUCCUGCAGCCACGGCCCUCCCUGCCCCUCUCCUCCACGAUGCACUUGGGGCCUGUGGUUUCCAAGGCCCUGAGUACCUCUUGCCUUGUUUGCUGCCUCUGCCAAAACCCGGCCAAUUUCAAGGACCUUGGGGACCUCUGUGGGCCCUACUACCCUGAACACUGCCUCCCCAAAAAGAAGCCAAAACUCAAGGAGAAGGUGCGGCCAGAAGGCACCUGUGAGGAGGCCUCGCUGCCACUUGAGAGAACACUCAAAGGUCCCGAGUGCGCAGCUACCACCGCUGCCGGGAAGCCCCCCAGGCCUGACGGCCCAGCCGACCCGGCCAAGCAGGGCCCACUGCGCACCAGUGCCCGGGGCCUGUCCCGGAGGCUGCAGAGCUGCUACUGCUGUGAUGGCCGGGAGGAUGGGGGUGAGGAGGCAGCCCCAGCCGACAAGGGCCGCAAACACGAGUGCAGCAAGGAGGCCCCGGCAGAGCCCGGCGGGGAGGCGCAGGAGCACUGGGUGCACGAGGCCUGUGCCGUGUGGACCGGCGGCGUCUACCUGGUGGCUGGGAAGCUCUUUGGGCUGCAGGAGGCCAUGAAGGUGGCCGUGGACAUGACGUGUUCCAGCUGCCAAGAAGCCGGGGCCACCAUUGGGUGCUGCCACAAAGGAUGCAUCCACACCUACCACUACCCGUGUGCCAGCGAUGCAGGUUGCAUAUUCAUCGAAGAGAACUUUUCUUUGAAAUGUCCCAAACAUAAGGUAGGGGACCACAGUGUUUUGUAGGGGGAGGGGUGUCAAGCGGGAGACGAGCCCCACCUCGCACCUCCUUCACAGUCCGCCGCCCCUUCGCUGCGCAGCCCCGCAGGGCCCAGCCCGAGAGGGAGGGAGCUCUCCCCGCCCACCCCCAGGAGCCCCCGUUGCCGUCCAGCUCAGGUCCCCGUCCACUUGCGCGAUGCCGCCGCAGCCGCCGAAAACCCGCCGGCGUCGGGGCAUGGGCAGCCAGGGGCUGAAGGGCGUCCCUGGGACGGCCUCCCCGCAGCUCCCCAAGAUAGGUGACAGAGUGGAGCAGGCGGGGGCGCGGGACGGUGGCACGUAGGUAAAGGUGAAGGUGGAUGGGGUGGGGCCAGAAGGGGUGGGGCCGACGGCC